ACAAAAUGGCGUCGGAAUUCAAAAUUUCGUGUGUCGAAAAAUAUUUGUUUACAAGUUUUCGAUCUUAACGACUGCGGUUUUCCUGGUCAUAAAACCUUCGUAAACCCAACCAUGGAAGCGACAAUUAAACCAAGUAGCAACCAAAACUGAAAAGCUCAAAUUUAUUUUUUUUAUUAUGGAAGAAAAUGCAAUUAAAGACGAGGAGCCUCCAAAAACAUCAAAGGCAUGGUUACUACAUACAGAUAAAUCAUUAUCAAGACUUCACAAUGUCAAAAAGACUUUCUACAGGCUGGGAGGUGGUCCAAAAGAAAGAGAAGUUGAUUGUCAGUGUAAUUACAGGAGUAAGCAUUCUAGCAGCUUUGUCAAUAUGGACCCAGAUCCUCCAAAAAUUUCCCAAGAAAGUCAAGAAACAGCCAGCAACAUAGAAAUGUCUGUCCCAGAACUAGUAAGGCACCAAAAUGACAAGAAGCCAAAGCAAAGGUACACUCAGGCUAGACACCGGCCUAAGCAGAAGAAAAUACCUUAUUCUGCAAUAGUUUGUUGUGCUGAAGACACCCCUGAGGUCCCUACACAGGAAAAACAACAGCAAGGUCACCCUGUAAAGAACUUUAUAGCCAUUAAAGGUCAAAAUGUAAGCCCCCAACUUCGUCAAAGUAGUUCUUCACAGUCUGCAAGUCAACAGAUAUACAAAGGGGCAUGUCUUCUACACUUGGACCCUCAUCUUGUGGAAGAGACACAAAAAGCAACCCUGGAAGGAUUGAGGAAAUAUUCUGCAUAUGGUCAGGAUGACACGGAUGCAAGUGCCUUACCCAAACCCCCACGAGGGUCACCAGAAGUACCCGGAUCUCCUAUUGAUUUUAGUCCUCCAAAAGAUGAACAUUUAUUACAAGACGGAUCAUUAGAAUAUGAAUUCUAUGAUUAUAGUGAUGAGGAGGAAGACGAGGACUUGAAAGCAGUAUGCCAGUCAGGAGAAAUGUCCUCAUUGUCAUCAACUGGAUCGAAAUCCUUCGUAUUUCAGAUUCCUACGGCCGAUAUUGAGUAUGGCACCGAUGAUGAAGAAUCAUUUAGAAACACGCCCUUGAAUGCCUCAUCAAACGACAGAGCCCUCUCAGCAGACUAUGUCGAAAAAAGCGGAAUAUUUCUCGAUGAAUUGGCUGCCAAGCAGAAAGAAGAGACUGAAGAACUGUCAGAAAUGUUCUCUGAAAUGUUCAACGAUAAAGUUAAAGUCGAUAACAUUGACUUGAGAAGUGUUCUUAGCACACCAAACACAGCUCAACAAGCUACUCACCGAGAGGAGAACACUGGGUUAAGUGUGGUGAACAUAGGCAUUGAUAACGUUUUAGAGGAUCAGCAUCUCGAUGGAGGUGUUUCUGAAGACAUGUGGGUAGAAGAACCCUAUGUUCCAAGGACACGAAAUGAAGUCAUGGAACGUAACCUACAUUUAGGACUCGAACGGUUUCAAAGCCCUAAGAGACGAGUACAGUCUGCUAAGACCACGAGGCGGAAGGAAGAGGAUGGCUUUGUACUGAAGGGGAAAACAUUUGAGUUUUUUGACGUUAGGGAUUUAGCUGUCAAUCGGAGACUGAGUGAACAACGCAAUGCGUUCUCUUCAGCUGAACCGGGGAAUGAGAAUAUUUGUAGCGGCAAGGCAAACGAGGUUAUUGGUAAACCACCUCGACCAAAAUCUGCCAAAAAGCCAAAAGUACAAAAACGACACUCAAAUGUGAUAUUGAAUUCUAGAGAAGGACUACAAGAAGGAAAUGAGCCAUCGAAACAUGACCAAAAAAUACCUCGCCGUCCACUCUCUCGUAAUCCUAAGAAAUCUUCCUUAAGGAAGUCUUUCUCCCAAGGAGAUGUACGCUGCCUUUCGCCGGAAGUCAUUGCCAGCGUUAAAAAGACCGUUUCAUUCAGUGAUGAAGUUCUUGAGAAGCCCACUCAACUUUUAAUACAAGGAAAAUUUCAAAAUAAAAAUCUCGAGAACCCGGAAAUACCCAAUCCGGAAGAUCCUAUUUUGGACAUUUCGAAAGCAGAAGUGCCCAAGCCGGAAAUAGAUGCUCAAGAAGCAAAAAUGCCACCUGAUGAAGAAAAAACAUCUUCACAGAAUAAUAAGAACAGUAAAUUGCUCAACUCUUUCGGGGUCAUUAUUCAGAAUGGUCUCGAAGUAAAAGAACCUGUGAUGGAAAUACCUGACACACCUCCCAAGGAAAGGCCCUCUAAAGGAGGUCCCGCCAAAGAAACAAACUCGAAUGUAAUUGCUCAAAUCAAAGAAGUUACUCGUUGCUCAUGUCACGUUGAAGGAUGUCAUUGUCGAGAUAUAACAAGGCCAACCAAGGCAGUAAUGUCUCAGGCUAAAGCAGCCAAAGAACAAGGCGGUAACUGCACACCUCAUGGAAAACUACUGCACAAUCGAAGUGGAUCAGAAGGCAGUCGACGCGUAAGACCUGUGUCUGCGCACAUCAAGAGGCCGAGUGCCAAAGAAAAUCGCCGGGUACGAGAACGAAUUCAUGCACCAAUACCACCAGAUCCAAGAGUGAAGAGGAAAAAGGAGAACAAAAAAGAUCAAAGUGAACACAAGGACAUGGGCUUCGUAUGGGGACCUGGAGAAGAUGAUGUUGCUGCAUCUGAGGAAUGCGAAGAAGUUUAUGCCAAAUUCAAAGAAAAGGGAAUCAAUAUAUCUAUGCAGACUGUGAAAAGAGGCUUGAUGGCGCCCGCAAGAAGAGCGUCUGAAAACUGUAUGGCAUCGUUUUCCAUGUCAUCUAGUUCCGGUUUGUUGAGCAGACCAGAAACAUGGCUUCCUGAAGAAUACGCGCGUGUAAAAAUAUGGGACGACGUGUUAAAAAAAGGCCGGUGACAAGAUAGAGCCGGCUGUCUGAGUUAUUUAUGCACUAUUCGUCAUGUCAUAUGUACGCCCAUCGUUAUUCACGUGACGAAGUGCUAUCACGUGAGCAAUAACUUUUUGCUAAGAGAAUGUGAGAUGAGUCACACGAUAUAGCCUAAACAGUGCCAGCCGGAAAAAGCUGUCACAAGAUGGAAGUCAACUGCACGUGACAGAAAUCCAUUUGGCUUUUGACAGAUGACACAUUUAACUGGACUGUGGGCCUUUAUCACGCGGCAGCCAUGUUGACUCAACAAUAGAUGAACGAUAGAUUUUCUCACGUGACUAAGCCUAAGCCAAUCAGGAAAGUCAUUAUAAAAGGUAUCGGGUGACAAUCAAAAUGAAUGUUGCUGCACUAAGUUAAUAACAAGUUGCUCACUUGAGUUUAAGCUGAAGUAUGCGCUAUUAGAAAUGUUUGAUUUGAGAGCUUUAUAUACUAAAAAUUUGAAUAACACUUGACAUUUUCUAUAAUCAUUCUUUUGGGUAAACUAAUUAUUAUUGAAAUUAUCUGAAAUCUUUUGCUCAAAAAAUUCUUUCUCCAAAAUAUUUAUCGUCCAUUGAACAUUGAUCGUGUCAGUAUACGACAACACGGUACAAAAGAGGUGCAGUACCAUCAGGUUACAAACAUAACUUUUUAAAAAAAUGCAUACAAAUCCAUCAAUACUCUUCAAGCAACACUGACCUCUAUGAUCACUAGAGAUCUACAUUUUUUACUGCGGAAAAGUCGACUAAUUUAUGUUUUGCUCAAAAAAUUCUUGCUCCAAAAUAUUUAUCGUCC